AUGAAUGACGAGCACAUAACCAUCGAAACGAUCGACAUCCCAAACCCUGACAAACUCCGAAGGUUUAGAGUCCACUUGUUUGAGAGGCACCUCAUUAACGUCACUCUCACCUCUAACCCCUCCAUCGUCCGUAGAUGGAUUCGAGCGACUCUCUGGUACAAAGGCAAACAGAACAACCCGCGCGGCGGCCUCCUCGUUGGCCUUGGCAUCCAGCGGCGUCCCUACCUCAACUCUGCCGCAACUCUCCAGCUCUGUGUUGGCCAUCACUGCCUCGUCUUCCACAUGCAACAUGCGCCCAUUGUCCCGCUCGCCCUCCGACGCUUUCUGUCCUACCACAAAAACACCUUCAUCGGCGUUUUUGACCACAAAGAGCCACGCUCGCUCCUCGAUUCCGAGCACCACCUUUCAGUCUCGAAUCUCGUUGAUGUUCGCGACGAGGUGAAGUUGCUGGGUUGGAGUGGGGAUCUCUCGGUGGAGCAGUUGGCCGAUCGUCUUUUGGGUUUCAAGGACGUGAACAUACCGCAGGAGAUUGGGAUUAGUACUAACUGGGAUGAUGUUUCGCUUACAGAAGAACAGGUUCAAUACGCCAGCGUCUACGCUUUUCUUUCUUUCUCCAUGGGAAUGGCUUUGUCUGCGCGGCGCCGGCGUCAUUGGGCGAAAGGUUAUCAAAGGCCUUAA